AUGGAGGACAACGUCACCCCCGAAGCCCACGUCAAUCUUGACAUGCAAGUCACUUCAGAGACCAGUGCGCUGCAAACUCAAGGUUCAAUAUACGAGGAUAUGCCCUCAAGCAACGAUUAUGAGCACAUCACCAAAGACAACCGCCAUAAUUCUCCCCUCCUGCAGCUGCCGCCUGAGAUCCGCAACAGAAUCUACCAUCUUGCGCUCAUCCAGGGCACGAUCCAGGUUUUGCCUGGCGUCGUGUCUAAUCCUGAGAUGGUACAACCUCAUGGCCGUCAGCUACUAUACGCGUGUCGUCAGAUACGCCUCGAGGCUUCACCGAUCUUCUUUGGGCUCAACACAUUCAACUUCGACAUGCUUCAUCAUUUCUGGAGAUUUGGAGUGACGCGGCAGGUCUGUAAAGCUGUCCGGUCGAUUCAGCUCGUAUACAACUCCUUCAACCACCUUCUCGAGAUGAUCGAGCAUCAUCGGUUUUGGUUUAGGGACAUCUGUCCAUUUCCGGCCCUUGAGAAGAUCUAUGUUCUAGGUACCCCAAACGUGCGGGAUGUACUCAAGGCCUUGAAUACGUUGAGGGCCUCCUCCGGGAACAGGUGCCUCGAGGUGAUCUUCAACGAUUUCGAGGACUGA